UACAAGCGAAGGACCUGAAUACCUGUCGAGCCACUGCACAAAACUGAUCUAAUCAUUAACCCCGUGAAAGCCAUUAAUCAUCAAUGCGUUUGAAAUCAAAGUCUGUGCAUGUCAAACGGGUCACAGCUCUGACCGUGUUGCACCGCCUGCACGGUGGAAACGUGUGACCUGAGAGAUGAGUGGACCCUUUGUUUGGAUGUAAGCUGCCUGACACAAAUAAGUAGGUUCGACAGCCUACCUAAUCUCCCAGAAUAUGCAAAACUGCAAACACACCAGGAAGGCCGGUUUAAAAAGCCGUUAGAGAAAGUAUCCACAUUCACAGAACAGUAACAACUGCGCAGGACGACUGCUUGGAGGAGACUGCAUCAGUCCAUUAAUUAUAACAUGGUUCAGUAACAACAGAUAAGGAGGGGGCAGAUGGAGGACUGUCCGUGAUCCCGCCCGGAAACAAAGAACCGUGGAUCCAUUCAGUGAACGUUUGAAACUGGUCGAAUCGCCUAUCAGGAGCUUGAUAAUACAAGAAAUAAGAAAGAGUAAGCAACACUCCGGGCAAGGAUUUGGUUUUUGUUUUUCUCGGGUGAGUUUUAAGUCCUCGCAGUAAAUACGAGUCACCUGUUGGAGCGGCGCCUCACGGUCUGCAGUCCAGGAUUAAUAAAUAAAAUCUGCAGUGAAGUCAUGGCCAGUGCUCCAAAGGGAUGUGGCCCCAGUAUGAGCUCCAUAUAUUACAACCUGUGUGACCUGACUACAGUGUGGGGGGUCGUGGUGGAGUCCAUCGCUGCUGCAGGGGUGGUGACUUCUUUUGUCCUGUUUGUUGUCCUCAUGGCUUCAUUACCAUUUGUGACAGACAAGAAGAGAAAGGCUAUGGUGGCCCUGCAGGCGGGCAUUUUGAUCUUUACUCUUGGACUCUUUGGACUCACUUUUGCCUUCAUUGUGGGUCGGUACUCCACCAGCUGUGCUGCACGAAGGUUCCUCUUUGGAGUACUGUUCUCAGGCUGCCUAGCCUGCCUCCUGAUGCACGGUUUGUGGCUCGCCCUGCUGGAGCGGCGAGGUCGGGGACCCAGGAGCUGGAUGUUAUGUCUGGGAGCCCUCGGUCUGUGGCUGGUCGAGGUGAUCAUCAAUACUGAGUGGCUUGUUAUCACUGUGAUCAGGAGCCCAGUCGGUGGUGUUAUUGUUCCUGACCUGUCCUGCAGUAUUGCUAACCAGGACUUUGUGCUGUCUCUGAUCUAUGUGAUGAUUCUGCUGCUAGCUGUGGUGCUGAUACCUGUUCCCUCACUGACACACAAACGCAAGCAGUGGCACAGAGAUGGUGCUUUCAUCCUGGCCACAGGGAUCUUCACCUUGGCUAUAUGGGUAGCUUGGAUUGUCAUGUACAUCCAUGGAAACAGAGUGGCCGGGAACCCAAGCUGGGACGACCCUACUUUGGCUGUAGCUGUGGUGUCAAAUGCAUGGGUGUUUCUCUUCCUCUACACCAUCCCAGAAAUCUGCUUCCUGACCCAGGAGGACCCAGACCAGGAGCAGCCACAUGAUGGAGAUCAUGUGUAUCCCGCCAGGAGCCUGGUUUAUGAUAACAUCCUCAAGGAGCCGGAGGCACCACACCACAACUUGUACCUGGAGAAUAAGGCCUUCUCUAUGGACGAGCCUGCGACAGCACCCACAAAGCCAGUGUCUCCAUACGGUGCUUAUAAUGGUCAGGUCCGGAGUUGCGUGUACCAGCCCACUGAAAUAGCCCUGAUUGCCAAAGGUCUGAAAAAGCUGGACCAAGACAUGAUGAUCCCUCGAGCCAGAGCUCCGUCUUUGAAUCCAGGAAGUAGCAGCUCCCUGCCUCGUUCAGCCGAGUCCUCACCUUCUUAAGGACUGUGCCACCGCUACAACGCGAGUCGAGAAUCACCUCCACACUCACUUCUUACAGCCAUGAAAUAAAGCUCCACCAGGGUUUUGUUCAACCCUCAGAGUUCCUCGUAUAGACGAGGAAGUGUCAUAAUUUUGAAAGGUUGUGCCUUAGCUCCUAUUGUAUCUAAAUCCUCACUUUAUUCCUCUCAGCUAGUGUCCUAAAGGUUUUAUGUUCAACUAUAAACAGCUUUGCUCACAAAAAAAAAAAAAAAAAAACAGUCAAUAAUCCAAGACAAAGCAUUGCAUGUGUGCAUCUCUAUGGGGAAUCAUUCACUUUAACUUCUGGCUAAAAGAAAAACCAAAAACAUUUUUUGUUUUUUACAUUUCACCAAAAUCUAAAUGUCAUAGUGUAUGUCACAAUGUAUGAACCCAAUCUGUUGUAGGUUGAUGGUGGAGAAACAGCUGAUAGGGAUUAGGUACAGGAAGUUUAAUGGUGAACAACUGAACCGCUACAUGUUAGCUUUUAUUCACAAACAAUACGAUUUUCUUAUCAUAAAUCUGCUGACUCUAAUUUCUUGUAAAACAGACUUUGUUCACUUUUAAAAUUAUGUUGUAAUUCAGACUUCCUCUAAAAGUCAUAUGAUUUUGUAGUGUCUUCUAAAAAUGUCAUUUCAUGUAAAGGUAUACAUUUUAACUUAUUAAACACGUAAAAGUUACUUAAGUCCUUGUUGGCUGUUGUUUUUUCGGAUUGUCACAGAGAAGAGACAGAUGUGGCAUAAUGCAAGAGGAAGUUUCACAAAGAAUCACCGUGUGUACUACCCAGAGAACACAUUUACAUAUGCUGGCUUGAUAAAAUUGAACUGUUUUACCGGAGGCACCUGUGCACAGAUUGGCUCCCAUGCUGUUGUGUACAGGAUUACACUGCUAAACAUAGCUUUGGGUGGCACUCAGAGUGGUGAAUGUGACACCGUUACAUCACCCAAACAGUAAAAUCCGACAAUAAAUCCAUCACAAAUCUUUCAUUUCUAGUUUGAAUUUAGGACUACCACACUCUUACAGCCCAUUGAGUGGA